AUGGAUCCUUUGAAAGUUCUUUCUGUUUCUCGUAGUGAAAAUGGAAACUUGUUAGCAGUUGGAACUACUUAUGGAUUUAUAGUCCUUUCAAUUAAAAAUGGUAAAUUUACAAAACGAUUUCAUAGAACAUUUAGAAAAGGAAUCAGUAUUAUUAGUGUUCUCGAAGAAACAAACAUUGUUGCUUUUGUUGGUGGAGGACAAACUCCUUAUGCACCUAAAAAUACAUUAAUAAUUUGGGAUGAUAAAGAAGGAAAAGAGGUAUUGAGGAAAGAAUGUGAAAACGAUAUUAGUGGUAUUAAAAUUACAAGAAAUUAUCUUUUUAUAGUCUUUGAAAAUAUGGUUUCUAUAAUGGAUUUAUCAAGUAAAUCAAUUACAAAUAUUGAUACUGACUUUAAUCCUAAAGGUAUUUUAUCAUUUCAUUCAGCUACUAACCAACUAUUUAUUCCUGCUAAAUCUCUUGGAGAAGUAAAAGUCUAUCAAUUAGGUGCCCAGCCAGUUAUCAAUUCAUUAAAAUGCCACAAACAUCCAAUAACAAAUUUAACUAUAAAUAAUUCAGCAACAGUAAUGGCUUCGUCAAGUGCUGAAGGUAUAAUCAUUAGAUUAUGGGAAGUAAAAAGUGGAAUGAAAAUGAAGGAGUUUCAAAGAGGAAGUAGUCCAGCGGAAAUAUUAAAUUUAUCAAUAGAUAAUGAGCAACAAUAUUUACUGAGUUAUUGUAGUGAUUAUGAAAUUAGUAUUUUUGAUAUGAAUAGGAAAGUUAAGGGGAAAUCUAAAUGGUAUACAGGAGGAGAACAACCACUAACAAGUAUGAAAGUAGAAGAUACAUGUUUAAGUGCAUUUUUUACAUCAAGUAAUGAAAUAGUAGUAAUUGAUACAAGAGGGACAUAUCAAAAAUAUUGUAUAAAAGAAGUAGAAAUGUCUAAAAUUAAAAUAGAAGGAGAAGGAAAGAUAGAAACAAUAUUUGGAUGUGAAGUUUGA